AUGCUAUUCUACCUGACGUCGCGUAUCGUCAGCUCGGCGGGAGCAUUUCUCUACCCUGGCUACGCGUCGUACAAGACACUAAGUCAGCGACCUGCAUCGGAAGAUGAACUUGAACGCUGGUUGAUGUACUGGUCGGUGCUGGGCUGCAUCGUUGGUGUCGAAUACGUUGCGGAAUGGCUUAUUUCAUGGAUCCCCUUCUAUUACACCCUCAAGACCGUUUUCCUUCUAUACCUUGCCUUGCCGCAAACACGAGGCUCCUCGUACUUGUACAUCCACCACCUCCAACCGUUCUUCCACACCCAUGAAUCGCAAAUCGAUGCAGCGCUCGCAUCGUUCAAGGCGCGCGUAUAUGCCUUUUUGCAGGAGCGCUUCCGUGCGAUCUGGGACCAGGUUGCCGCUUCUCUGGGGCAGCAGCCGCAGCAGGCCAAUUUUACACCUGCGACAGGCAUUUCUGACACUGGAGCACCUCCGAGUAUGGGAGACCCUGUCUCUGGGCCAGCGCAGCUCGCCACUUCACUGUGGCGUUCGUAUGGUCCGGGAAUUAUUGCCUCCGGAGCAGCUCUCCUUAGACAGGGCGCAGCAAAUGCUACUACUCGAACGAACCCCUCUGCCCCUAGUCUUUUCAAUUCACCGCCUGCAACCCCUCCCGUUGCUCCCACACCUACUCAAUCCGUGCUGGAACGCCGUCGCCAGCUUGAAGCUGAGCUCGCAGCCUUGAACGCCAUGCCUCUGCAUGAGGCAAUACCAAUACCCAGCAUGGCUGGAGGUAAAGCAUCCUCCUCGAGUUCGCGGGACUCCUCUUCGUCAGAUGUACGCUUGAGGGAACGGACUAUGUCUAGCUCACGGACGUUUGAAGAAAUCGAAGUGCCUAGCGAUAUCGAGGACAAUGAUGGUCAGCCAAGUGAUGCCGGCUAUGAAUCUGCGCGACCAGCGGCGCAAUCCCGGGCUAGCUGGUUUGGCUGGGGUGGCGGAGCCAAGGAGGGAUAUCAACGAGUCAAGAGCGACUAA